GGACAUGGGACUCCUCCUGCCAGAUUCCAGAUGGUUCAUUACAACUGACAUCUUGGUUGACAACUGUGAAAAGGAACUUUGGAUUAUUUUAUUUUAUUUUUGUGGGAGACCACAAUCCCCAAACUGUAGGACAUAUCAGGUUCCAUAUUUCUUGUAGAAUUUUAAAAUAACCUUUUCUAAUGAGGAUGUCUGAUAUUCUUACUGUAAAAGAUGAAACUGAUGCAAUGAAGGGCUCAGAAGCUGAAUUUAAAGAUACAGACCCAGUUGAAAACCUUAUACAAUCAGGAAGUCAGGAGCAGAUUCAAGGGGAAAAGGAUGAAAAUUGUCCUGAUAGCAAAACCAAUAUGCCGCGGCCAGUGCAGUCUUUUGGACAGACAGCAAAAAGGUCGAAGUCAAACACAAAGUUAAAGUUAGUUCGGAGCCUUGCUGUAUGUGAAGAAUAUCCACCACCUCCCACAGCUGAAAUAUCACAGGACCUCCAGGAGAAAAUUCAGAUCCAGUUGUCACACUCUUUUGAAAAAGAAGACAAGCCUGCAAAAGAUGAAACGGAAAAGGAAAAAUCCAGUAAUAAACUGUCCAGAAAAAUGUUAUCAAGAGAUUCCAGCCAAGAAUAUACAGAUUCCACUGGUAUAGAUCUUCAUGAAUUUUUAGUAAAUACAUUGAAAAACAAUCCCAGGGACAGAAUGAUGCUGCUGAAAUUAGAACAGGAAAUUUUAGAUUUCAUUGGUAAUAAUGAAGUUCCACGAAAAAAGUUUCCCCCAAUGACAUCUUACCAUAGAAUGCUGUUGCACAGGGUAGCUGCUUACUUUGGAUUAGAGCACAACGUGGACCAGAGUGGGAAGUCAGUCAUAGUAAAUAAAACUAGCAAUACGAGAAUACCUGACCAAAAGUUUUGUGAGCAUAUAAAGGAUGAGAAGAGUGAUGAUUUCCAGAAGCGGUACAUCCUUAAGAGAGAUAACUCUAGUUUAGACAAAGAUGACAACCAGAUGAGAAUACGAUUAAAAGAUGACAGAAGAAGUAAGUCCAUAGAAGAACGUGAAGAAGAAUAUCAAAGAGCUAGAGAAAGAAUAUUUGCACAAGAUUCCCUGUGUUCCCAAGAGAAUUAUUUCACUGAUAAAAGAAUCCAGGAGGAAGAAACUAAUAGUACACAACAAAGACGACAGAUACUUAGAAUCAAUAAGGAAACAUCAGGGAGAUCAGCCAACAGCCAUCAGAGCAGUACUGAGAAUGAGCUGAAGUAUUGUGAACCCCGUCCCUGGAGCAGCACCGACUCUGAUAGCUCCAUCCGCAAUCUGAAGCCAGCUGUAACGAAAGCCAGCAGCUUCAGUGGGAUAUCAGUUCUGACAAGAGGAGAUAGCUCUGGAAGCAGCAAAAGCACAGGCAGGCUGUCUAAGACAGGUUCAGAGUCUUCUAGUAGUGUAGGGUCAUCCACGGGUUCUCUUUCUCACACCCAGCAGCCUCUUCCAGUGCCAGCUCUAAGCCAGCCUUCUCAUGGCACGCCUGCCGUCUAUCCAACUGUCAGCACUAGUAACUCUCUUUCCUUUGAUGGUGGCAUAAGCGGGCAAGUGGCACCUACUAGCACUAGCUUCUUUUUGCUUCCCUUGGAAGCGGCAGGCAUACCGCCUGGCAGUAUUCUGAUCAACCCGCAAACAGGUCAGCCAUUCCUUAACCCAGAUGGCACUCCAGUUGUGUACAAUCCUCCUAUGCCUCAGCAACCUGUUAGGACCCAAGUGCCUGGACCUCCGCAACAGCCACCUCUUCCCGCACCACCUCAGCAACAGCCAGCAGCUAAUCACAUCCUCUCACAGCCCAUGCGGCCUCUGCAGCCUUCCUCCCAGCCUGUUCAGUACUCUGCAGUCUCUUAUCCACCUCCGCUCCUGCCAGUCUCCUCUACGCAGCAAUAUUCUGUGCAAGACAACCUAGGAUCACAAUUUAGCCAUAUGAGUCUUGCCCGCCAGCCACCUGCUGAUCCAGCAGAACCUCAUACUGCUAUGUUCCAGUCCACUGUAGUCCUCCAGCCCCCACAGCAGUCCGGUUAUAUCAUCGCAGCUGCUCCGCCACCCCCUGCCUCUGGCCAACCGGUUUCUGCUCCGGGCUACUCGACAUCUAGCCACCCUGUCAACCAGCAAGUACUCCAGCAGCAGGGAUAUAUGCAGCAACCUGUGCCACAGAUGCCAGCUUGUUAUUGUACUCCCAAUCAGUAUCCGCACUCCAGUCAACAAUAUCGUCCUGUUUCUGUCCAUUACAACACGCAGCAAAACCAACCAUUGGCACAGCCUGGACAGCAGACAGGUUACCAGGUUUUGCCUAACCAGCAGCAAAACUACCAGGGUUUAGUUGGAGUUCAGCAGUCUCAGAAUCAAAAUCUAGUCAGUGGCCAACACAACAACGUUGGGAAUCAAAUUCAAGGUGUGAUUGUUCCAUAUCCUUCAGUGCCAUCUUAUCAGGUUCCGGUGCCUCAAGGUUCCCAAGCAGUGCCACAGCAGACAUAUCAACAGCCUGUUAUAAUCCCCAGUCAGUCAAAUCAAGGGUUGCCCACAACAGGAAUGCCAGUUUACUACAGCGUCAUUCCAUCAGGUCAACAGAAUAACUUAAGCUCAUCAGUAGGAUAUUUGCAGCCUCCUGGAUCAGAGCAGAUACAGUUUCCUAGAACAUCGUCACCAUGCAACUCCCAGCAGCUUCAAGGACAGCAGUGUGCAGUUUAUAGCAACCAUUCAAGUCGGAAGCCAUCACCUCCUACAUUAUUGCCACCUUCAUCAAAGUCAAAGCCUCAACAGGCUGCUUCCAUUGUGCACUACAGCAUAGUGUCUCCAUCAUCAUCAUGUAAAAGUUCGCCCACUGGUCUUUCCAUCAUGCAGCCAAUAAAAGCAGUAGCACCACCACCAGGUGGAGGAGUAGUAAUGAUGCAGCUAAAUCUACCUAACAGUCCCCAGCCUCGGAAUCAUUCACCUCCACAAUGGAAACAGAAUAAAUAUUACUGUGAUCAUCAGAGAGGGCAGAAGUCCACAGAACUUAGCACUUUAGACAGUGCUGCACAGUUGCAGCAUAGUCCUCAACUAGGUAGUCCUGUCACCUCACCUGCCCAAUCACCAGCACCAGCUCAGCUGUCAAACAUGAAGAACAUCCGUCCCGCGUUAACACCUCUUUCUAUUGUGUCCCAGUUUUCUAGACCCUUUGUCCCUGGACAAGGAGAUGCCAGAUACCCAUUGCUUGGCCAGCCGCUGCAAUACAAUCCACCAUCUUUAUUACGUGGACAAGUAACAAGCCAACAGUGUCAACCUGGAAACAGACAUGGAAACAGGGGAAAGAAACCAGCAAAGAAGGCUGCUUCAGCAGAUCUUGGUGCAGGAGAACCAGUUGUGGGAAAAGUUCUAGAAAUCACUGAACUGCCAGAAGGCAUAACUCGUACAGAAGCAGAAAAAUUAUUUGGAGAACUUUUAAAAGUUGGUGCCAAGAUUCGGUGGCUAAGAGAUUCCCAGUGUCUACAAACACAGCAGCAGCACCAUCGCCGUUACUGUGGCAGUGGAGACAGUAGCAUGAACACUGAGCCAUCCAAACCUAGUGACUUGGCUUCCACUUACACCGUUCUAGCUACGUUCCCUACAAUGUCGGCUGCUCAGAAUGCAUUGAAGAAACAAAGCAGUACCUCAGUGAACAAGUUCAGGCUGAGAACAAGCAAGAAGCACUACGACUUUCACGUUCUGGAAAGGGCUAGUUCUCAGUAGCAGUUACAUCAGUGGACACUCAGCCUUUACUACUUCCGUGCCCUCCUCUCUUGAUUGGCUUGAUGUUACAGGGUUUCUGUUCUCUGCACGGAGACUCCUGGGAUAUUUUGUCAUAUGACAUUAGCCAUUGAAGAAUAAAUAACACGGUGAAUCCAGCAAGAUGAAGAAAAAAAAAUGCCGAGUUAAUCCCAGAAAAUAGCAAGGAAUCAUCUUUGAGACAGGCAGCUUUCUACAAGGAAUGCUGUUGAAAUGCCCCCUACUUUUGUAGUAGUUUUGUUUUAUAUUUUUGAAUUCUUGUAUCAGAUCCAAAGUUCUAUUGUACAGCAAAUGUUCAUAAAAAUCCAUAUUCAGAUUUGUAUUUUAUAAUCCCUUUUCACAGCCAGCACAUAGCUGUCCAUCCCAAGGCAGGAACCUGAGGAUUGGUGGAGGGGAAGAGAGACCAUUUUCAAGGAAUUACACUCAUUUUCUAGAAAACUGUCCCAGAUUGUCAAGUUAACCUGUUUUUUGUCCCUUGUGGUUUUCAUUUUUGGGGUUGGGUGGGGUUUUUAUUUUGGAGUUUUUGUUGGUUUUUUGUUUGGGAUUUUUUUUAAGGAAAGAAAAAGUAAUUUAAGUAGCUAACUCCUUAGAUGGUCAUUUUCUUUUGAGAUUUCAUUUGAGCAAUGUCAAAAGAAAUUACAAGUAGGUUGGACCCUUGAAGGAUUUGCUUCUGAUCCAACAAGUUUAAUAAUUAUUUAAAGGGAAGUAUGAAUAGGUUACAAAGAAUGUUCACUGAAUCACAUUUUAAUUUUUCUUUUUAGCAGAAGUGUGAAGAAACUAAAAUGUAUCUUCACCAGUAACAAAAUGUUUGCACUUUAAUUGUGUUCCCACCAGUAUGGAUCUCUUUCUCUUCCUUUUCACGCUAAGAUAAAUUGUGUUUGAUAAGUGCUGGAAACCUUUUUAAUGGUUUACGUUUUCAUCAUUUGCAGAUGCUCACUGGACAUUAAAGAUUCAUUGCACAUAAAUGAAACAAACUUUUUUCAAUUUGUGUAAUUUGCAAGGCUGUACAAUGUGUGCUGAUGCAAGCCUUUUUCAGUUCAAGAAAAUAAAUGUUUACAAACACAAA